AUGGAGGGCGCCGCAAGCCAGAGAGUUGGAGGCGACGAGAAAGACGGAGCUGACGCCGAGGUAGGCGAGCAGAAGCUACUCUCCGCUGGCCAAGCGCCACGCAAAGCCUCGCCAGACGGCGAGUCAACCCCACACACGGAGAGAGAAAAAAACCACGCGAGGGACGAGAAGGAGAGCAGGGUGAAAACGGGCUGCGCACGAGGCAGAGGAGCGAACGGCGACGCGAAGCGCGUUCAGGGCCUCGGAUCCACGCCGCAGCUUCCCAGAGAUGCUUCCUCCUGCUACGCCGUCGACAGCGAGGGGGAGAAGAUGACGCACCGGGACAAGAAAGACGUUUCUCUCCAGCCUCCACGGCUUUCCGUGUCGCCUGCGAGUCCCUCUUUUCUGCCUGCCCCCGUCUCCCGACCAGAGAGAACUCUCGGGUCUCCUACCUCGCCGCCCCUGCAGCCUGUCCUUUCGCCGUCUGCUUUCGCCUCUUCGUCUCUUCGGCAAUCUGAAAAUGGAGGUCGAGGGGAGAGGUGCCUCCGUGCUCCCGGGAUACCGGAGGUCUCUCAUUCCAUCCCUCACCAGGUUGACUCCCUCGAUAUUUGCGCCUCGUCUCUGCUUCGUCCGACUCCAGUCGAGCCCGCGCGGCGUCCUCUUGAAAAGGGCGCUUUUCCUCUGCAAGCCGAGCGCGCAUGCACUGCGGAAACCUGGGGAGGAGAAGACAGAUGUGAGGAGGCGGAGGAGGCGGCGGAGCAGGACGCGGAGACUCUUCCGCUGGCAAAGGGCCCAAACCACGCAGCGGACGCGCCGGCGCGGGACCCAGAGAAGGCUCUAGGGGGAGAAAAAGAUGCGGCGGGAGGGCAGGACAUAAAGAUGAACGAGGAGAGUCCUGCGGAGGGCGGGCGACCGCCUCAUGGAGAUAACGAUGCAGAAGAAGGAGGGAGCGAAACCGAGAAUGUGGUGACUUCUGAUAGGCCGCGGGGCACGGGGGAUAGGGAUAGAGAGGCAGAACUGGAAGCGACAAGAGAGAAAGAGGAGCGAACGAUAGAAGAAAGGCACGAUGGCAACGCGAAGCUCGAGAGAGAAGGAAACGAGGCGCCAGACGCAGAACGCGGACGCGACAACGAAAACAGAUACGCAAAGAAAAACGGAUUGACCUGCGCGCGACUGUGCGGCGAGAGAGAGACACGCGAUAUCCGCGGCGAGCACGCGAAGCCCGUCAAAGAAGAAGAUGUGGAUGAUUCUCUUUCUUCUUCCCUAUCAGCAUCCUGUCUGUCUGAGACUCAUCUUCCUUACGCAGUUUUAGAUUCUGCAACGCCCGCUCGCCCCGCGACUUCUGCUCCCUGUCCUCUCCCUUUUUCUUCUUCAUCGCCGGUCGCUCUCUUCUCUCUUCCGUCGGCCCCCCCGCCCGAGGCGCCUCCAAGCGCGCCUUCGUCCUCUCUGGAUACUUCUUCUUCCUCUGCUUGUUCUCCUCCUUCCUCAUAUUCAUCAUCGUCCUCUUCUUCUGCCUCUUCUUGCUCCUCCUCUUCGUCUUCCUCUUCUUCUUCCUCUUCUUCUUCCCCUGCUGUCCCUGUUUGUUCUUCUCCGUCCGCGUCCGCCGCGGACCAGGCCGCUGCCCAGCCUCCCGCUGCGCAGACUCCGCCCUCUCCACCGGCGCGCUCGGGUGUUGACAUGCAAGUUCAGACGGAGACAGCUGUGUCCGAUGGCGGCGCAGGCGGGGCGCCGCCCUCUUUUUCGGCUUGGAGAAAAGAGGACGUCACCGAUGAAGAACUCCUGAAUCUCUGCACGCAGUUCAUUCACCUGCGGUCGGAACUCGUUCGCCUGUUCGACCAAAGCACGUCGACGGCGCUCGCGGCGGCCGCCGCGUCGUCGCCGCAGCCAGCUGUCUCCCCCACGGCCGCGGGCGAGGAGACGCUUCGGCUCGAAUCCGACCGCGGCCCUGGCUCUGGAGUCCCACGCGCCGGUCCAACGUCCGGCCGCCCAGUCUCCCCGGACAACCGACGCCCCGAGGCAGAAACGGAAGAGACGGAGCGAGCGACUCUGCCGGGAGUUGCGCAGCAGCGGACGAGAGGCGGACUCGAAACGGAGUUCAGCGGAAAAAGGAGACUCAGCGCGCAAGCUGGGCUGUGCCCGCUGCGGGCGUCUUCUCCCUGCAGGCAGGAGACUGCCAAGGAGGCGUCGUCUCCGCGAGAGAGCCACGACCCCUUCUCCGCCUCGCAUUCGGAGAAGGGAGGCACCAGAAAACGCCUCGCUCGGUCGGUGGAGGACUGCGGAGACCGGCGCCUCCUCGUCUCGCCCAAACAGAAGCGCCCAUUUUUCGACUUUCCGCGCGACCCUUCGCGCCCGACCUUCAGCGGCGGUCACCGGAGACGAGGAGGCGACGCAGGCGAUGGAGGCGGCGGAGACUCUGAGGGCGACGGCUGCGGCUGCUCUGUGCGAAGCGAGGGAGCCGCGCGGGGGCGCAGCGAACACAGCGGAGAGCGCGCAGCGCGAGAGGGGGAGAUGAGACGCGCUUCCUCGUCCUGCAUUCCUCGAGUCCACCUGUCGCUGGGAGGGCGCGACUCUCGAGGCUGCGGUCGGCGGCUCUCGUGCGAGGCGAGGCUGUCGCAUGCGGCGGCGAGCCCGCCGCGAGCGGCUGCCUCCUCACAGAGUCUCGCUUCCUCUCGGGCGAGUCGCUUGAGCCAGCAGGCGUCGGCCGCCCCCCGGUGCCUCGCGGCCCUUUCGGGGUCUUCCCGCGGGUCUGUCGAGCCCUCUGGCUCUUCGCCUCAGCCUUCCAGCUGCCAAUCGCGGCGACGCUCUCUCUCCUCUGAGACGGCGAAAAGCUCCUCUGCGGUCAGCUCGUCGUCUGCGGGGGAGCCGCAGACGCGCCUGCCCCCCCCCGGGGACUCUGUGAAGCGCCGCGGCCGCGAGGGCUCGAGGCGCCGCUGUGCGUCUCCUUUCUUGGCGUCUCCUUUUCUGCCGCCUCUGCUCUCCGGGACCUGCGCGUCCGCUGGCCUUUUCUCGCCUUCGGAGUUCGCCCCAGACCGCCGGCCGCGGAUCGACGGCGCACUCGGCCACGACGACGCAGAGGCGCCUGCUUCGCCCAUCGGCACGCCUUUGGCCGCGGCGCCGCUCUCUCCCUCCGCGUCCGCCGCCAGCCUCCUCGACGACGAGGCGGCCUCUGUAGUCCACAGCGACCUGUUUCUAUGCUCCACGACGCCCGGCGACCUGUUUUGGUCCUCAGCCUCCGUCGCCUCUCCCGAGCGAGAAGACUUGGCUCUCCGCUUUCUCUCAGAGUCGGCUGGGCGGCGACGCUCGUCCUCGGCAGCCUCGCUCGCCUCGCCGCGCCGCCCCUCCACGGGCUGCGGCGCGUCCGCCGGACUCGGGAGGCGGAGGAAGCGGGUCGCGGCAGCCGGCGGAGACGGAGACGGAGGCGAAAAGGGAGACGGCGGAGAAAGGCGAUGCCGGAGAGGCAAGGAGACGGGACUGUUCAUGCCCGAGAGGGGCGCGGGCCUCGACGCCCACGGCGAGGAUCUCGAAGACAGCGAGGAGGGCUCGCUGAGGCCACGACGCGAUUCAGCGGCCGGAAGCGAGAAAGCAUACCGCGAGCGGAGGCAGAGACGAGGCGCGUCGUCGAGGUUUCGAACCGCGGCGAUCCUGGAAAACCUCCUCUCGGAUUCGUUCCACGAUGCCUUCGCGCGGAACAGCAGAGAGAGAGUCGCAGAUCCCUGGGCGGCCGCGACUGAGACCGAGAGCCUCGAGGGACCGCGGCAGCGAGCGGAGACCUCUCCGCCGCCCUCGUCGUCGCUCUCUGCGACACAGGGCGACGACAGGCGACAGCGGAAGGCCCGUCGCCUCAGCGAGCCCGAGGCGGAGCCCGCCAGGGCUCCAGAGACACCUCCAGCCUUUGCUCUGCGUUUCGCGUCCCCGGGGGCAGCGGGAGCUGACGCCGAAUGGCAGUUGCGACAGCGACGCAGCGCGGAGGCGGAGAAGAGAGAGGGCUCAGAGAGCGCGUCAGAGCACAGCGAAAAAGAGGCGUUUACUUCCUCGAGUUGGCAGUUCGCGCGCCCCUUUCCUGCUUCGUCGCCUUCGUCGUCGCGGUCGCCGUUCGAUCGAAAUCUUCCAGACAGCAGCCUCCUCGCCCAGCGGGCGGUCCCUGAGCAGGCCGCGUCUCUAGGUUCUCCGUUCGCCUCUGAUGCCCAGCCUCCGCCCGCCGUCGCAUUUUCCACGAUUCCGUCCUGCGCCUCCAGUCGAGAGCCGCCAGCCCAGCAGAGCGUACCGCGGCGCAGCAAGCAAAAUUUCGAGGCCGAAGAGCGCUCGGCGUCGCGCGGCAAAAGCCCGUCUGUCCGUUCGCCUUCCCAGCCUGAAAAAAUCCGCUUCGACACCGACCCUCCGUGCCCGCAGUCCUCUGCCUCCUCCGCGAUCUGCCUGCUUUCUUCUGCGGCGGAGUCGCUCGUGCACUUCUCGCGUGCCCUCGCCUCCCACGCGUCCUGCGGGACUUACGCCUACGGCGGGACCGCCGCGGCGCCCGCUGUGCCCCCGGGUCUUCCUGUCUCCGCCCCCGCUAAGGCUCCAAUCGCCGGCCGCCGGGGUGGAGGCUGCGGGGGGGGCGGCGCGGCCGGAGCGCCCGCCGCAGCUUGCGGCGCGACGCGCUGCAGCGGCAGGCGAAGGAAGCAGAGCGAAGAGGCUCUUUUGAGAGUCCCGAGAGGCGCGAAGGUGGAGCGCGAGAGCCGCGGCGCCGCUGACUCGCAGCAGGCGGUCACCGCGUCUCGCAUGCAGACCGAGGAUGCCUCGCGUUCUUCCUCGCCUGCGUCAGCCUCCCUGGGGGCGUCAGGAGCCGCCGCAGGCUCGCUGCUGCCCUUUGCGUUGGCACAAGGGGUGGCGGGCGUCCUGCCGGUGCCGCGGGGGGCCCCGUUCACGGAGACGAAGGCGCCGCCUUCGAGGGGCGCGGAAGCCUUCCAGGGCAACGCGCUUCCUUCCUAUUUGGUAGAGGGCGUCCGCGUGCCUGAGGACGAGAGGCGGAGUGCGUCGAGCAAGACGCUGCUGUCGCCGCACGCGUUUUUCCCUUCGUCGCCGCACUUCUCGCCCGAACUGGAGCCUACUUUCUCCGCGCCCUUCGCCCCCGAAGCGAAGGCCCUCGGGCCUUCCUCCUCCUCUCGAUUCAGUCCGCGAACUUACUUCAAUUCCGCGGAGGAGGCAAGCCCGGCGGAAAGUUCGCUCCUGGCUGGUGCCUCUCCGCUUUCCAAUCGUGACGAAGAGUGCAUGUCGGAGUUGUUCUGUGUGGGCGCUGCGGCCGCGUCGUCGGGCUCAGCUUCGCGGCCGCCAGAGGCCCUCGCGUGGAGACGCGACGCCGCCAGGCGAGCGGGCUGUCGCGCCUCGCUGGACGAGGCUGCGGAGAGAGACGCCUGCGGGCGAGAAGCCUCUGCGCAUCGCGCCGCGGAGCCGUUCCUUUCCUCGGCCGCUGCGACGCGUGCUGAGGCCUGCUGCGCAAAAAGCAGACCUGGAGCGUGUGAGCGUCGCACGAGGUGCGAGGAACCCCCCUCUUCCCUGGGCGCCAUGCGCACGCGGCGGGGAACGGCGUUGCUGCCGGAAAUCCGACAGAACGAACUCUCUGCAGCCGACCUCAAGCGGGCGACGACCUCGCCCAGAAAGCGCGCCGCCGGGUGGCAGUGGCGCGGCGAGCGGAACCCCGCGGCGCAGGAGGCCAGCGAGGGAGAGGGCGGAGAAGGAGGCGGGCGCGAUGGCGAGCGAGGCGGCGCGCCCCGGGGGAGAGAGAGGACUAAGAGACAGCAUCCGUUCUUUCUGAGGCACGCAUGCGAGAACGAAGACGCGCACCAAGACUCGCCCACCCCCCACACGGCGUCGCUCCUCCACGUCGCGCUCCCGCCUCGCUUCCUCGUGCAAUCUGAAGAACUCGAGCCGAACUUCGCCUCUUCCGCGGCGGCUUUCUCGUCCCGUGCACUCACGGAGGCGGCUGUUUCCGAAGCGCCGCAGGGCGAGCGGAAGGAGGCGCGGAGAAAGACGAGGAAAGGCGGCGGAAGGGCUGGCGGCGCAGGCCACGGGAGAGCCCGCGAAGGCGGGGGGGGCUCCUGCCGCCUCUGCAAGACGCGGCAAACCCCGCAGUGGCGGUACCUCGAAGGGAUUCCCGUCUGUAACGCCUGCUACAUGCGAGCGAGAAAGAGGCAGCAGCUCGCGACCGGACAAAAGAAACCUGUGUCUCUUCUCUCCUCAGGGGCCGCGGCUCUGAAUCUCUCGCUCUCAGAGGGCGCUCCCGCUGCUUCACGCGCCUCCGCUCCUCUCUGCUCUCCCUUCUCUGCGUCUUCGCCUCAGAUUGCCUCGCUGCCGGCGUCCGCGCCUCCGCCACCCGGCACAGGCGGGGCUUCGUCCGCUUCGUCUGCAUGCGCUUUGCUCGCGGUCCCCAGGUCUGAUCCUUCCUCUUUCUCGCCUUCGCUGUCGCCAGAGAGCAGCCAGGGUGGCUCCGCGGCGGCGACCGACGAGGGAGGCGGCCGCGAUCGCCUUCCGUGCGGCUUUCUUCCCGCGCCGGCGCCGCGAGGUGAAAGCGGCGCGACAGAAGACGCCGAAACAAAAACGAAAAACGGAGAGCCUGCCGCUCACGCGGCCGUCUUCAGCUCUCAGACCGGGCAGCCACCCUCGUCAUUCGCCGCGUCUCAGCCUCAUCUGCAUGCCUCGUCUCUCGGGAGUCUCCCCCUCGCCUCCUACUCGGCUUUCGCUUCCUCCUCAGCCUCCUCUGUUGCUUUUGCGGCCUGCAAACAGGAUGCUGCGGACGCGACAGCAGAGAAGGCGUUCGAGCCCCGUGGCGCUCCAGGCGCGGCGACGGAGCUGACACUAGGCUGGCCUUCGCCAUUCGCCGGUGAAAAGGAGGCAGAGGCGCGCAGACGGUCGCCCGGCGCGUCCUUCGCCCGUGCGCUCAAGGGCGAGGAGAGCAGAGAGACACGCCACGCAGAAGGUCUUCCAGCCUCAGGAAAAGAAGGCGAACAAAGAUCGAAGGAGGUAGGGAGAGACUCGCUGUUGACGGAGGAAAAAGAAGAGGAACCGGCGGAGGCGAGAUCCGUCGCUUUGAGGCCUCUGGAGCUUGAUACCCAGGGAAGGGAAGUGCAGAGCGGCGCGAGCCUCGCAAACGCCUCGUGCCCUUCCGCUGCCUUCCCCCCUUCUGCCUCACGUUCGCCCUCCGUGAGCGGCGUCGACUUCUCGCAAAAAGAGGACGCGCCUCUCUCUCUCUCACUUGGUCUCCAGCUGAGCGCCGCCGAAUAUUCAGCUGCGCGUGCGCUGCCUCGCGAAACUCCGUCACCUUCGGCAGGAAAACCUUCUGCGUGCGGCUCGCUUUCUUCUCCCCUCGAACUUUCCUUGUCUAGUUCGUCUCCUGCGGCUUCUUUCGCGCUGCCUCCGCCCCUCUCCGCUUCGCCGCCGUUGCGUGCUGCUGAGAUGAGGGAGCCUGCUCUCCAGUCUGCUGCGGCGAGCGCCGGGGCACCACCGCCGCCCUUCUGCCUCGCGCAGGACCUGCGCGGACAGACCUCUGCGCCCGAAGAGGAAAGAGAAGAAGGUGCGAGCCAAGAGGUUAACGAGCUGAGCUGCGCGCCGCUGCAGGCUGCCUGCAAGGCGUCUCUCGAGGCUGCCGCUGUCACCCCUCGCCCGCGAGAGGAAGACGUCGAGCUGUCUCUGCCGAGAAAGAGACACCUGUCGCCUCCAAAGGGCUUCGCUGAGACGCUCCCCCUGCAGCUUGCGCCCGCCGUCGGAAAGGCAGCUCGAGGCCGAGGCCGUCCGCGCCGCAGAAGAGACGAAGAGACCCCGGAGGCGCUCUCUGCGCCUCCUGAGGGGACAGAAGCCGCAUCGCACCCAGCCUCUCAAAUCGGGACCGUGGUGACGGCAGCGGGCGAAGGCGCUCGAGAGGGAAGUUCCAAAAGGCGGAAAACUGCACGAAACAGCCACGGACGGGGAGAAGAAGUCCAGCCCGGAGCGGCGACGGCCGCCGCACCUCUGCACGAUGGCCGAUCGAUCGAUGAGCGCGACGCGUGGAGUGCGGAAAGAGACAGACUGUUGCGCGGAGAAGGAACUCUGGACGGUGAGGGAACGCCGAACAGAGAGGGCGACGCAUCAGCUCGCGCGCGCAGCUGUCCCUUCGAAGAGGCAAGUUGCGCGGCGCCUGAGGAUGGUGGGGGAAGUGAGACAUGCCGGCGAAUGACCUCCGUAUCGACGAAACCCGAUUUCAAUUUCCUCUCUUCAGAGUCUUUGUCUCGCGCAACCCUAGCUUCCUCUUGCGCCUCGUCCGCCUUCUGCGCGCCGCGCCGAGGGCCGCCAGCCGACCUUUGUCUCUCUCCCUCGCCCCUCUUUCUUGCUCACCCUGCGGCCGAGCAGACACUGACUACCGCUGCUUCGCUUCAUCUUUCUUCUUCCUCCGCUCCCUGUUCCUUCUUGACGGCAGCGCCUGCUUGCUCGGCGGCGCCCCUGCCUCCGCCGCAUGCGCCUCGUGCGGUCUCCUCUUCUUCUCCGUCCUGCGCUACCUCUGUUCCCCCGUCCUCCGUCUCUUCUGUCUCUUCUGUCUCUGCUGCUUCCGCACCGGUCACCGCGUCUCCGCCGGUGAAUCCCAAGGCUGCGAGCCGCGCGAAAGGCAGCGCGCGCGCGGCACACGUCUGUUCAUUCUGCCACGCCCGCCAGACUCCGCAGUGGAGGUACUUGGGCGAGAGCCCAGUCUGCAAUGCCUGCUACAUGCGUGAGCGGAAGAAGAAGGCGAAGCGUCCCGCGGUGCCUCGCCAAACUGGCUCCCCGAUCCAGCCCUAG